CCUUCCAGCUCUAUUCUGAUUGAUUGAAAAUAAAAAUUCUCAUUCCGAUGACGGCCGCCCCAUUCGUGACGCGUUUAGCGGGCGGGCCUCGGGGAGGGGAGCGGCGCUGGCCUGAACCGAAGAAAAGCCGUUGAAAAUGUCCGCGGGCGAUCGCGGUGGUUGGCUGCCCCCGCGCGCGCUAGACAGCCCGGCCAUCCGUACGGUGGAGAUGCACGCGGGAGGGGAGCCGCUCCGGGUGGUGGUGCCUGGCGGUUUGGGACUGUUGGAGCCCGGGCCUGAGGGGCCUCUCCUGAGUCGCCGGCGUCGCUUGCUGGAGUCCCCGGACCUGGACGCUGUGAGGCGACUGUUGAUGCACGAACCCCGCGGACACCGCGACAUGUACGGCGCCCUGGUGGUGCCCAGCGAGCUGCCCGAAGCCGCCCUGGGAGCCCUCUUCAUGCACAACGAGGGCGCGAGCCCCAUGUGCGGCCACGCCGUCCUUUGCCUGGGCCGCUUCGCCCUCGACUACGGCCUCUGCCAGCCCUCGCCUCCCCCCGGCGAGACCGCCGUCACCAUUCACUGCCCCUGCGGGCCGGUCAAGGCUUUUGCGUCCUGGGACGGGCAGCGCAGUGGAAGCCGCGUCCGUUUCCACAGCGUGCCUGCCUUCGCCGCGGCUACCGAUAUAACCAUUGAUGUUCCUGGCUAUGGAAAAGUCGUCCUUGAUGUUGGCUAUGGGGGUGCUUUCUAUGCAUUUCUCAGUGCUGAACAAUUAGGCCUUGAUGUAUGUUCCUCAAAAAUUAGGGAUCUUGUAGCCGCAGCAUCUGCAGUAACAGAAGCUGUAAAGGCUCAGUUCAAAGUUCACCAUCCUCUUAUUGAAGAUAUGGCUUUCAUUUAUGGAACUAUACUGACAGAUGGCAAAGAUGAAUUUAGUGAUGAACCUACAAGUAAUAUAUGUAUAUUUGCAGAUGCACAGGUUGAUCGAAGUCCUACAGGAUCAGGUGUGACUGCUCGCAUUGCCUUACAAUACCAUAAAGGAUUAAUUCAACUGAACCAGACCAGGACCUUCAGAAGCAGUUCAACUGGUUCCUUGUUCACUGGAAAAGCAAUAAAGGAAACAAAAUGUGGUGAACACAAUGCUGUUAUAGUAGAAGUCUCAGGAGAAUCUUUUUAUACCGGAACAUCAAUUUUCACUCUUGAAGAAAAUGAUCCAUUGAAAUAUGGUUUCUUUCUCAAGUAAUUGCUUCCUUAAUAACUCUGAUGAAAAAGAUGCAUCUUUGUUUAGUUAUCUAUUAUAAAAUCUUUUCUUGGCCAAUAGGAACAUGAUGGCAGGGUAGUAAGUCAUAAAUAUUUUUUCUUGGCAUCAGAAAAGACUUUUAGGGGACAAAUGCAGUAGGAAAUUAGAAUAAUUUAUGAUGAUUGUUAAUAAACUUGUGACAGCAAAAUGCUGUAAGUAACAAUAAAUUAGAAUUGCAUUAGUAGUUAGGUGUUUAAUAACAACUUACAAAGAAGUUAUUCAAAGAUUUCAGAGAAUAACUUCUUUUUUUGAAAUGUGGGAAUUUUCUUGCUAGACUUUGUGUGUAUGUAGGGGGAAGGAUAUCUAUUUGAAUGCAGCAUGGAUAUUAAUUACAAAAGGUUAUUUUUUU